CGCCAACUUCGGCUAGUGGAGUCAGCUGGAACCACUAUCUUGUUUGUCUCCACCCAGCUUCCCCUACCCACCGCUCAAACUCAAAGCCGUACCACCAAAAGGGACCAAAGGAGUUCUCCUCAACCCACCUCCUCCUGUCCUCCACCUCCUCUCUUCUCUUCUCCCAGUCCCAGAUCCCACAUCCACAGCAUCAGAUUGGAGAUCGGAGCAGCAGCCGAUUUCGCGGACUCCAUCGGCUGCGAAUCCUGCGAUGCGAGCAGCAAGAAGAGAGUGCGUGGACAGGUAGAGAUUAAAGAAGGGAGGGGAGCCGCGGGAGGGAGGGAAGAACCUCACCCAGAUGAGAAUGAAGCCGCAGCAUAGCAACGGCAGGAGGAGCCCCUUCCUGACGUCCUACGCGCUCACGCUCGCCUUCAUCACCUUCGUCUCCGUGCUCUACUUCAAGGACUUCUCCUCCACGCUCCACCAGCCCUUCCUGCACCGGCCCCCGCCCCACCACCGCCGCCAGAUCAGCCGGCCUCACCCCCACCCCCGGCACCACGUCGAGGAGGCGUUGCUGCCGUUCGCGGUGGGCGCGGCGCCGGCGGGGUGCGACAUCGGGCAGGGCGAGUGGGUGUACGACGAGGCGGCGCGGCCAUGGUACCAGGAGGAGGAGUGCCCCUACAUCCAGCCGCAGCUGACGUGCCACGCGCACGGCCGCCCGGACAAGGCGUACCAGCACUGGCGAUGGCAGCCGCGAGGAUGCUCGCUACGCAGCUUUAAUGCAACUCUAAUGCUAGAGAUGCUGCGGGGCAAGCGAAUGCUGUUUGUUGGAGAUUCUCUGAACCGAGGGCAAUACGUUUCAUUGGUUUGCCUCCUGCAUCGGGCCAUCCCUGAGAGCUCAAAGUCCAUGGAGACAUUCGAUUCCCUCACAGUUUUCAGAGCAAAGAACUAUAAUGCCACCAUUGAGUUCUACUGGGCUCCCUUUCUAGCUGAGUCAAAUUCUGAUGAUGCUGUUGUUCACCGUAUUGCGAAUCGUAUCGUAAGGGGAACAUCCAUCGAAAAACAUGCCAAAUUUUGGAAGGGGGCUGAUAUUUUGGUGUUCAAUACCUACCUUUGGUGGAUGACUGGACAAAAGAUGAAAAUUCUGCGAAACUCUUUUGAAGAUAAAAGCAAGGACAUCAUAGAAAUGGAAACAGAGGAAGCCUAUGGAAUGGUACUGAAUGCUGUGCUGAAAUGGGUUGAGAGCAACAUGAACCCCAAAGAUUCAAGAGUAUUUUUCGUCACUAUGUCACCCACUCAUACCAAGAGUAAAGAUUGGGGCGAUGAUUCUGAUGGAAACUGCUACAAUCAGACAACUCCUAUCAAAGAUUUGUCCUACUGGGGACCAGGCACUAGCAAGGGCUUGAUGCGUGUUAUUGGAGAAGUGUUCAGCACGUCUAAGAUCCCUGUUGGAGUUGUGAACAUCACCCAGCUCUCUGAAUACAGAAAGGACGCGCACACUCAGAUAUACAAGAAGCAGUGGAACCCGCUAACCCCGGAGCAGAUCGCAAACCCUAAGAGCUAUGCGGAUUGCACGCACUGGUGUCUUCCAGGACUUCAGGACACAUGGAACGAGCUGCUCUACUGGAAGCUCUUUUUCCCCUGAGCUAAGGUUGGAGCAUUCGGAGGAUUUGAGAUGCCGAUCCCAUAUUCCCUUUGACUGAACACAAAUUUGCUGAAUUGCAUGCUCAAGCUGGGAGCAUAAUAUGUUGUCUGGAAAGCUCUCUGGUAUGCUGGAGAACGGCUAGCCUGACAUCAACAUAUAGGUCCAGGAUUCUGAAGAACACACACGGUACACGAGAGAUGGAAGCGCGCCGUUGUAGUUUAUGAAAGGCCACUUUGUCCAUACUGUAUCCUUCUCGUUUUCUUGGCAAAGCUUCCACUCGGCGUGGUGUUGUUGAAAUACGAUUCAUUUAUUGAACAUGAGUGCCGAAAUUACACCAGGUGACCUUUUAUAUAUGCUUGUAGUCAUCUGAAAACUUUUUCCUGGGUCCUCUCAUUGAUGUCAUCAGUAGUAAAGACAAACAGGCGUGCAAGUGUACUAUAGGCCUGUUUGGUUGCCUGCAUAACAAUGGUUGCCUGCACUGUUGUAGCUUGGCUUGAAGAAAUGGAUCUGUAUAAUUUAUCACUA